GGCUCGACAUGCAGAGCACUGACCUGGGCAACAAGGAGAGCGGCAAGAUAUGGCACCGCAAGCCAUCGCCAGCCACUCACGAAGGAAUUAUAGUGAACAUUGUCCACAGCACUUCUGAAUACCAUCCAAAAGUCUUACGGUUUUUGAAUGUGGCUUUUGAUGCCUCAGGCGAUUCCUUCAUUGCUGGGGACCAUCAGGGGAACAUCUAUGUUUUUGACUUGCAUGGAAACAGGUUUAAUCUUGUUCAGCGAACAGCACAAGCGUGCACAGCUCUGGCCUUUAAUCUUCGUAGGAAAUCUGAGUUCCUUGUGGCGUUAGCUGAUUAUUCUAUUAAAUGUUUCGAUACAGUCACCAAGGAGCUGGUUAGCUGGAUGAGAGGACAUGAGUCGUCGGUGUGUUCCAUUUCUGUGCACGCAUCUGGGAGAUACGCCAUCACUACUUCCUCUGACACAGCUCAGCUCUGGGACUUGGAUACUUUCCAGAGGAAAAGAAAGCUGAACAUCCGCCAGUCGGUGGGCAUACAGAAGGUUUUCUUUCUACCGUUAAGUAACACCAUCCUCAGCUGUUUUAAAGACAACUCCAUCUUCGCCUGGGAAUGUGAUACUCUGUUUUGCAAGUACCAAUUGCCAGGUCCACCGGAAGGCUCUACCAUCUUAUACAAAGUGUUUGCUGUCACCAGAGAUGGCCGAAUCUUGGCUGCUGGAGGCAAAUCCAAUCACCUGCAUCUGUGGAGCUUGGAGGCCACGCGGCUCUUCAGAAUCCUUCAGAUGCCUGCGAAGGUGCGAGCUGUCCGCCACCUGGAAUUCCUGCCUGAUAGCUUUGAUGCCGGUUCCAAUCAGGUUCUUGGUGUGCUAAGUCAAGAUGGGAUUAUGAGGUUUGUCAACAUACAGACUUGUAAACUUCUCUUUGAAAUUGGGACUGUUGAAGAAGGAAUUAGCUCGUCAGUAAUUAGCCCACACGGUCGGUACAUAGCAGCUAUUAUGGAAAACGGAAGUCUGAAUGUAUAUUCAGUUCAGACUUUAACACAAGAAAUAAAUAAGCCUCCUCCUCCUCUAGUUAAGGUGAUUGAAGAUUUGCCUAGUAAUACAGUGAGCUCCAGCAAUCUUAAGAUGAAAGUAAUGUCAGGAAGAGUACAGCGGCCCGCAAGAUGUAAAGAGAGCAAAAUUCCAACCAGAGUGCUCAAGCAAGACCUGACGGGGGACUCAGAAAACAAGGAGAAUGAAUUGUCAGAAGGAUUAAAUAAAAAACGCUUACAAAUCUUAUUAAAAGGCUAUGGGGAAUAUCCAACAAAAUACAGAAUGUUUAUUUGGCGUUCCUUACUACAACUGCCUGAAAAUCAUACUGCAUUUAGUAGCUUGGUGGACAAAGGGACUCAUGCGGCUUAUCUCAACCUUCAGAAGAAGUACCCCAUCAAAAGCAGGAAACUCCUGAGAGUACUGCAAAGAACCCUCUCUGCAUUAGCUCACUGGUCUGCAAUCUUCAGCGACACACCAUAUCUUCCACUCUUGGCGUUUCCAUUUGUAAAAUUAUUCCAGAACAAUCAGCUCAUCUGUUUUGAAGUUGUGGCUACUCUCAUAAUCAAUUGGUGUCAACAUUGGUUUGAAUACUUUCCUAAUCCUCCGAUCAAUAUUCUCAGUAUGAUAGAAAAUGUUUUGGCAUUUCAUGACAAGGAACUGCUACAGCACUUCAUAGACCGUGAUAUAACUUCCCAGGUGUAUGCCUGGCCUCUCUUGGAAACCCUGUUCUCAGAAGUGCUGACGAGAGAGGAGUGGCUCCGACUCUUUGAUAACAUCUUCUCCAAUCACCCUUCCUUCCUCUUGAUGACUGUGGUGGCCUACAGUACCUGCUCCAGAGCGCCUUUGCUCAAUUGUACUCUUAAGAAUGACUUUGAGUAUUUUUUUCACCAUCGGAAUAACCUGGACAUAAAUGUUGUAAUUAGACAAGUUUACCAUCUCAUGGAGACCACACCUGCUGAUAUCCACCCAAAUAGCAUGCUGGAUGCUUUCGUUGCACUGACAAAAGGGCAAUACCCUAUAUUUAAUCAAUAUCCAAAGUUCAUUGUGGACUACCAGACACAGGAACGGGAAAGGAUAAGGAACGAUGAACUGGAUUUCUUGAGAGAGAGGCAGACAGUUGAAAAUAUGCAAGCUGAAGUGGAUGAGCAGAGAGCUAAGGAUGAGGCGUGGUAUCAGAAGCAAGAGCUGCUCCGCAGAGCUGAGGAGACAAGAAGAGAGAUACUUCUUCAAGAGGAGGAGAAGAUGGCUCAGCAGAGACAAAGGCUAGCUGCUGUGAGAAGGGAGCUGGAGAUAAAGGAAAUACACUUACAGGAUGCUGCCAGGAGACGCUUGCUGAAGCUUCAGCAAGAUCAGCGGGAAAUGGAGCUGCGCCGGCUGGAGGAUGAAAUUGAGAGAAAGGUACAAAUGAGAGAUCAAGAAAUCGCUGCCACAGCCAAAGACCUGGAAAUGAGGCAGCUGGAACUCGAAGCACAAAAGCGACUUUAUGAGAAGGAUCUGACUACAAGUCAAGAGACUAUUGCAAAAGAAAUUCGAGAAGAUACAGACGCCCAUAGGCGGAAAGUGGCUCUCGAAGAACACAUGUUCCAGAAGCUGCUAGAAAACAGCCAGAUGGGGAGCAGAAGGGCGCAGAGGGUAAUGGAGGACAAUUUGGCAAAGGCCGAGCAAGCCUGCCUGAAUGCCGACUGGCAGAUUCAGGCUUUACAUAAGCAGAAGUGUGACGAUCGACAGCGCAGCCAGGGCUACUACGAAGUUGCCACCCUCCUCCGCAAGAACAGACAGAAAGAGGUCGAAGUGUUAAAUGCGAUGAUGGAGGAGGAGGCUAAGAAAUGGAAGGAAGCCGAAGAGAAGGAAUUCCAUUUGCACUCAGAAAAGAACGCCUCUGCCCUUUCAGAUGCCUCUCGAAGGUGGUUUUUAAGGCAGGAGACAAGUGCAGCUUUGGAACAUGAAGAAAUGCCUUGGUUGCAAAGGCAAUACAUGGACUCAGCCUAUCUGCCUCAAACCUCACGAUUAAAUGAUGUUUCUGAUGUGGACCCCUCACCACACAGUUUUUCAAGAAAUAAUCCAACAGAGUGGAACCACAUGGAACACGACCUUCUCAAGAGUGUGCGAAAUCUUCGCAGGAGACUCACAGCCCGGGCUCGGAGCAGCUGUCAGCACCCUCAUCUUUUGGUGACAUAAAAGACAUUUCACCAUUAAAUAAUCAGAGGUCCCUUUUUUAAAUCAAUGACACUGAUUUUUUUCAGUUUUUUAUUCUAAUUUUUUAUAAAGAUCAGCCUUUUGUAUAGAGAAAUAUGUCUAUAAAAUUAUGUUUUCUAUUGAAUUAUAAUGCUUUG